CAGGGUUCACCGAUAGAUAGCAUACGGCGAGCAUACCUUAGCGGUUCGCGCAAACGUUUAAGAUAUCUGCGGCCAUCGAUAGCGAUUCGCAUGUACAAUUAGCGACUGGCCCAAAAUGGAUAGCGAUUCGCGUGCACACUUUAGUGAAUGUCAGAAUUCGGCGCGGUUUGAAAAUGUAGGUUUAUAUGACCCAGGUUGAGUAGUCGAGAUUUGAAAAAAAUCGUUUUAAUUUCAUUUUUUAUGUAAUUGGAAAGUUUUUGUACACAAAAGUGGUGUGAAAAUUAAUGUUCAUUAUCAUAAAGCAUAAAUUUAUUGAUUUUCAGCGUUGGUUAAAAAAAUAAUAACAAAACUAUGUGAAACAUGAGAAGAACAGCCAUGUGGAGAAUUCAAACAUGGAUGUAUAUACACGAAUUCAAAAUUGAUGCGCUCACGAAAAAAAAUCCGUUCAGGUAAUGAAAAUAUUUAGCAUAUUGGUCCAGCAACCGAAGCGUUCACAGUUUUACCAAACGAUUAACAAUCAGAGCAUCAUUUGCGGUAUAAUUAUACAUUCCUUCGUUGUUUUUGGUUUUGGCAAUCAUCCUUUUAAAGGUACGAAUUUCAGCACAAUUAAAAAGUGCUACAACUAGAAUUCUCAUUGAAUUUGAGUGUUUUCUAGGUGUUUGGCUACGAUAGGAGCUCUUGCUUGUUGAAGUGCGCCCGUGCAACAUUUUUCUUGUCGGUAAAUUUGUUUUAUUAACGCACCGUGAAAGAAUACAAUAUGAAUUCCAGCCAAAGCUCUGUACAAGAGGAAAAUGCAAGCUGCGCUAUGCAAGCACCUCGCCGCCGAAAAACUACCAGCAACGAAGAUAGAGAGCGCUUGGUAACGGCGUAUGAAAACGGAGGCACUGCAGCUACGAUUAGCGAAAUGUUUAAUUUGAAAAAACCGACUGUCCAUGGCAUUAUCAAAAAAUACCAAACCCAAUGGCAAAUCGAGGCAAAGAAGCGUGGUGGCAACAGAUCUAAACUAUUGUCGCAGCAAGCCGUAAAUGAUGUUCGGAACUGGGUCGACGAGGACUGCACGGUGACGCUUAAAGCACUCGCAGAGAAAGUGUUCGAACAACACGGUGUUCGAGUUUCGUCCACAACCACAGCGAGGGAAAUAAAAGGAUUCAACUACUCUCUGAAGAUGGUCAAACUGUUACCGGAGGGACGCAACACACCAACGACUGUCGAAGACAGGAAACAUUACGCUACACAAUUUUAUGAAAUUGCGCGCGGAAUUCCGGAUAAUGGUUUAAUCUAUUUAGACGAAGUAGGAUUUAACGUCCGUAUGCGUACGCUAAAAGGACGAUCGCAGAGAGGAACACCGGCCACCAUCACCGUUCCACAGUUAAGGACUAGGAACAUCUCCAUCAUUUGUGCUAUGCAUCGGUACGGCGUGCUGCUUUACACCACACACACUCGAUCCGUAAACCGUGAACGGUUUAUACAGUUUAUUGAAGAACUAAAGCAAACCCUGCGAUCGAAGAACAUUAACAGCAGCUACUUUAUAAUGGAUAAUGUAGCUUUCCACAAAACACCCGCACCAGUGGAAGAAUUUUGUGAGGCGAAGCAAUCCUUCAAAUGAGGAUCAAUUGAUGCAAGCGAUUUGGAAUGGAUCCAGGCUAAUAACCGUACAGGAUUGCGAUGGCUACAUUUCGAAAAUGUGGCAAUACAUGACUCGUUGUUUGAGGGGCGAAGAAAAUUUAGAUUUAGUUAUGUAUAAAUAUAUAUAAGAUUAGAAAGUAAGAUUUUAGUUUUAAUGUGUAACAUAUUGUACUGACGAUGCUUAAAAAUAUGAAAUGUAAAUAAUGCUGCCGGACGAAUUAAAAUAACAUUUCCGUUGCUUUCAAUCACUAUCUCAUCCGAACAUGCGAUUUUGAGGUGAUUAGUACGGCCAGGUCAGAGUGAUUAUAAUUAAAAUGCCAAUAAUUUUUUUCUAACACAUUCGGAACGGUAUUCGAAUCGCAUGUUCGGACAAUAAUUUAGAUUUAUUGCCACCACGCUUCUUUGCCUCGAUUUGCCAUUGGGUUUGGUAUUUUUUGAUAAUGCCAUGGACAGUCGGUUUUUUCAAAUUAAACAUUUCGCUAAUCGUAGCUGCAGUGCCUCCGUUUUCAUACGCCGUUACCAAGCGCUCUCUAUCUUCGUUGCUGGUAGUUUUUCGGCGGCGAGGUGCUUGCAUAGCGCAGCUUGCAUUUUCCUCUUGUACAGAGCUUUGGCUGGAAUUCAUAUCUGCACGCAAAAA